CUCUCUCUCCAACAAUCAUCUCCAUCUUCUACACACACCAAGCUCUACUGGUGCUCCCUGCUCACCAUAAUAUAGCAAAGAGAAUAAUCAGUAUUUGCAUGCACAAUGGCUUCAACUUCUUGCUUCGCGAUAGUCUCUUCAAUGCUAGUGCUUCUGUGCAUGUCCUGCCAUGCGCAACUUUCUUCCACGUUUUACGACGAGUCCUGCCCGGAUGGGCUCGCCGCGAUACGGACUUCCAUCAGAACCGCGGUGUCGAGGGAGCGCCGGAUGGCCGCUUCUCUCAUUCGACUCCAUUUCCACGAUUGCUUUGUUCAGGGUUGCGACGCAUCGAUAUUGCUGGAGAAUAGCCCCACCAUCUCUAGCGAGAGAGACGCCCCGCCUAACAAAGGCUCCGUGAGGGGUUACGAGGUGAUCGACGAUGCCAAGUCGCAAGUAGAAAAGAUCUGUCCAGGAGUCGUGUCUUGCGCGGAUAUUGUUGCCGUUGCAGCUCGAGAUGCUUCUGUUGCCGUUGGUGGUCCUUCUUGGACGGUGAAGCUCGGAAGAAGAGACUCGACCACCGCAAGUCCAUCGCUCGCGUUGAGCGAUCUUCCAUCGUUUUUAGCUGACCUCGAGACACUCAUAUCUAGAUUUGCAAGCAAAGGCCUCAGUGCUAAGGACAUGGUUGCCCUCUCAGGUGCUCACACUCUAGGGCAAGCUCAGUGCUUCACAUUCAGUGGCAGAAUCUACAGCAACGGCAGCGACAUCGAUGCCGGAUUCGCGAGCACUCGUAAGCGCCGGUGCCCGGCAAGCAGCAACGACACAACUCUAGCCCCGCUCGACUUGGUGACUCCCAAUUCAUUCGACAACAACUACUUCAAAAAUCUGAUGCAGAAGAAAGGCCUUCUCGAGUCGGAUCAAGUCCUUUUCAGCGGAGGGUCCACCGACAGCAUCGUCUCUGAGUACAGCAAGACGCCUGCGAGUUUCAAGUCGGAUUUCGCGGCCGCCAUGAUUAAAAUGGGCAACAUAAGUCCGCUCACCGGUUCACGCGGCCAGAUUAGAAGGAUUUGCAGUGCUCUAAAUUAGCAAGUCCGACAUUCAUCAAGAUUUCAUCUGUUUGAGUGCAAGUGUUAAUGUGAUUUUUUGCUUUAAUCUUUAUCUUGUCAAGAAUCCGUCAUAUGUCUAACUGUUCAAAGUAAACUGUUCUAUUGGUAA